GGACAGUUGCGCGUGCGGAGCGCGGGCGAUGAGGCCACGAGUCCGGACCGCGGCGCGGCGGUGGUGACCGCGGAGAAGCCCGGCGGCCGGUCAGCCAGCGCCCCCCGCCCCGUGCCCACUAGAGCCCGGGGCCGGCGGCAGAGGCGCGCCCCGCCCCGGCGGCGGCUUGGUCGUCAGCGGGCCCUGAGGCGGCGGCGCUGGGGGUGGCCGUGGGGGUGGCGGGGCCGCUCUCACGGCCUCAGCGCGCAGCCCGGCGUGCAGGUGUCGGCCGGCGAGCGGGGCGCGGACGCCGCGCCUCCGGGGCCUCGAGCCCGCGGGGCGCGGCACCGGCGGCGGCGGCGGCGGCGGGCCAAGGAGUUGGAGAACGUGGUGGCCAACGCGCUGCUGCUGAAAGCGCGCCUAGGAGGACACGACAAGAAGAGUGGGCGCAGUAAACACUGGAGGGAGCUGCUGAAGCUGCCCCCCGUCAGCCAGUGCAACGAGCUCCGGCACAGCAUCGAAAAGGACUACAGCAGCCUGUGCGACAAGCAGCCCAUCGGCAGGCUCCUCUUCCGGAAGUUCUGCGGCACGCAGCCGGACCUGCGGAGGUGCAUUGAGUUCCUGGACGCGGUGGCGGAGUACGAGGUCACCGCCGACGAGUCCCGGAGAGACUGCGGGCUGCUGGUCCUGGACACGUUCUUCAGUGACGAGGACUUGGCCGCCCCGCUGCCUCAGGUGCCCCCCGACACGGUGAGAGAGUGCCAGCUGCAGCUGAAGGAGACGCCCUCCAGGGAGGUCUUCGGGGAGUGCGCCAGGGUUGUCCACAACUACUUAAGUGGAAAGCCGUUUGAAGAAUACCAGGAGAGCCCGUAUUUCUCUCGAUUCCUGCAGUGGAAGUGGCUGGAGAGGCAACCAGUGACAAAGAAAACGUUUAGACAGUACAGAGUCCUGGGAAAGGGCGGGUUUGGAGAGGUCUGUGCCUGUCAAGUGAGAGCUACGGGGAAGAUGUACGCCUGCAAAAAGCUGGAAAAGAAGAGGAUCAAGAGGAGGAGGGGCGAGGCCAUGGCGCUGAACGAGAAGAGGAUCCUGCAGAAGGUGCAGAGCCGGUUCGUAGUGAGCCUCUGCUACACGUACGAGACCAAGGACUGCCUGUGCCUGGUGCUGACGCUCAUGAACGGCGGGGACCUGCGGUUCCACAUCCACCACCUGGGCGGCCCCGGCCUGGACGAGCGGCGGGCCGUGUUCUACGCGGCCGAGCUGUGCUGCGGCCUGGAGGACCUGCACCGGGAGCGCAUCGUGUACAGGGACUUAAAGCCUGAGAACAUCCUGCUGGACGACUCUGGACACAUCCGGAUUUCCGAUCUCGGGUUAGCCUUGGAGAUCCCGGAAGGGGAGAUGGUUCGAGGAAGAGUCGGCACCGUCGGCUACAUGGCUCCUGAAGUUGUCGAUAACGAAAACUAUACGUUUAGUCCUGACUGGUGGGGACUUGGCUGUCUGAUGUAUGAAAUGAUUCAGGGACAUUCUCCAUUCAGAAAGUUCAAAGAGAGAGUCCAGCGGGAUGAGGUGGAUCGGCGCGUGAAGAAGGACACCGAGGAGUAUUCCGAGAAGUUUUCGGAGGACGCCAAGUCCAUCUGCAGGAUGUUACUCACCAAGAACCCCAAGCAGCGCCUGGGCUGCAGGGGCGAUGGCGCAGCUGGAGUGAAACAGCACCCCGUGUUCAAGGACAUCAACUUCAGGAGGCUGGAAGUGCACAUGGUGGAGCCCCCGUUCUGCCCCGACCCACACGCGAUUUACUGUAAGGACAUCCUGGACAUCCGGCAGUUCUCGACGGUGAAAGGCGUCUACCUGGACAGCUCCGACCAAGCCUUCUACAGCCAGUUUGUUACGGGGUGUGUCUCCAUCCCCUGGCAGAAUGAGAUGAUUGAGUCCGAAUGUUUCAAGGACAUCGAGGAAGGUGAAAAUGAAGAAAAUGAGUCAUUUGAUCUAGAAGACAGAACCUGUCGGCCAGCUUCCAAGCGAAAGAGAGGCUUGUACAGAUUCUUCAGGAACACAAUAAUGGGCUGCAUUCAUUAACCCUGGAGCUGGCGAGAAGGCGGAGCUGCCCACAGGACUGUGAUGCUCCCUGCGCAGAGCCUGACCCCAAAGCUCAGGAGCUUUUGACUCAGUAACCAUCCUUCCUGUGAAUUGCAGUGAACAGGUGUGACACAUCUUCAGCCAUGCCUAUGAGUCUGCACAUUGUUUUACAUUAAUAGCUUUACUGUCUUUUUACUGGAGCUG